AUGCUCAUCGGGGAGAUCUUUGAGCUCAUGCAGUUCCUCUUUGUGGUUGCCUUCACCACCUUCCUGGUCAGCUGUGUGGACUAUGACAUCCUAUUUGCCAACAAGAUGGUGAACCACAGUCUUCACCCAACUGAGCCUGUCAAGGUCACUCUGCCAGAUGCCUUUCUGCCUGCCCAGGUCUGUAGUGCCAGGAUUCAGGAAAAUGGCUCCCUUAUCACCAUCCUGGUCAUCGCUGGUGUCUUCUGGGUCCACCGGCUCAUCAAGUUUAUCUAUAACAUUUGCUGCUACUGGGAGAUCCACUCCUUCUACCUGCAUGCUCUGCGCAUCCCCAUGUCGGCACUUCCAUAUUGCACAUGGCAAGAAGUGCAGGCCCGGAUCGUGCAGACCCAGAAGGAGCACCAGAUCUGCAUCCACAAGCGUGAGUUGACAGAGCUGGACAUCUACCACCGCAUCCUCCGGUUCCAGAACUACAUGGUGGCGCUGGUGAACAAGUCCCUCCUGCCCCUGCGCUUCCGCCUGCCGGGUCUCGGGGAGGUUGUCUUCUUCACCCGGGGCCUCAAGUACAACUUCGAGCUGAUCCUCUUCUGGGGACCUGGCUCUCUCUUUCUCAAUGAAUGGAGCCUCAAGGCUGAGUAUAAACGUGGGGGGCAACGGCUGGAGCUGGCCCAGCGCCUCAGCAACCGCAUCCUAUGGAUCGGCAUUGCCAACUUCCUGCUGUGCCCCCUCAUCCUCAUCUGGCAGAUCCUCUACGCCUUCUUCAGUUACGCCGAGGUGCUCAAGCGGGAGCCGGGCGCCCUGGGUGCGCGCUGCUGGUCACUCUACGGUCGCUGCUACCUCCGCCACUUCAACGAGCUGGAGCACGAGCUGCAGUCCCGCCUCAACCGAGGCUACAAGCCUGCAUCCAAGUACAUGAAUUGCUUCUUGUCACCACUGCUGACACUGCUGGCCAAGAACUGCGCCUUCUUCGCUGGCUCCAUCCUGGCCGUGCUUAUUGCCCUCACCAUCUAUGAUGAAGACGUGCUGGCUGUGGAACACGUCCUCACCACCGUCACACUCCUGGGGGUCACUGUGACCGUGUGCAGGUCCUUUAUCCCGGACCAGCACAUGGUGUUCUGCCCUGAGCAGCUGCUCCGCGUGAUCCUCGCUCACAUCCACUACAUGCCUGACCACUGGCAGGGUAAUGCCCACCGCUCGCAGACCCGGGACGAGUUUGCCCAGCUCUUCCAGUACAAGGCAGUGUUCAUCCUGGAGGAGUUACUGAGCCCCAUUGUCACACCUCUCAUCCUCAUCUUCUGCCUGCGUCCACGGGCCCUGGAGAUUAUAGACUUCUUCCGCAAUUUCACUGUGGAGGUUGUUGGUGUUGGAGACACCUGCUCCUUCGCGCAGAUGGAUGUUCGCCAGCAUGGGCAUCCCCAGUGGCUGUCCGGUGGGCAGACAGAGGCCUCAGUGUACCAGCAGGCCGAGGAUGGGAAGACAGAGUUGUCACUCAUGCACUUUGCCAUCACCAACCCUGGCUGGCAGCCACCACGUGAGAGCACGGCCUUCCUAGGUUUCCUCAAGGAGCAAGUUCAGCGGGACGGAGCAGCUGCUGGCCUUGCCCAAGGGGGCCUGCUCCCGGAAAAUGCCCUCUUUACGUCCAUCCAGUCCUUACAAUCCGAGUCUGAGCCCCUGAGCCUUAUUGCAAAUGUGGUAGCCGGCUCAUCCUGCCGGGGCCCCCCUCUGCCUAGAGACCUGCAGGGCUCCAGGCACAGGGCUGAAGUCGCCUCUGCUCUGCGCUCCUUCUCGCCCCUGCAGCCUGGUCAGGCUCCCACGGGUAGGGCUCCCAGCACCAUGACAGGCUCUGGGGUGGAUGCCAGGACGGCCAGCUCCGGGAGCAGCGUGUGGGAAGGCCAACUGCAGAGCCUGGUGCUGUCAGAAUAUGCAUCCACUGAGAUGAGCCUACAUGCCCUCUACAUGCACCAGCUCCACAAGCAGCAAGCCCAGGCUGAACCUGAGCGGCAUGUGUGGCACCGGCGGGAGAGCGAUGAGAGUGGGGAGAGUGCCCCUGAAGAGGGGGGAGAAGGGGCCCGGGCCCAGCCUAUCCCCCGCUCUGCAAGCUAUCCCUGCGCUGCACCCCGGCCUGGAGCUCCUGAGACCACUGCCCUGCAGGGGGGCUUCCAGAGGCGCUACGGAGGCAUCACAGAUCCUGGCACAGUGCCCCGGGCUCCCUCUCACUUCUCUCGGCUGCCCCUGGGAGGAUGGGCUGAAGAUGGGCAGUCAGCAUCAAGGCACCCGGAGCCUGUGCCCGAAGAGGGCUCAGAGGAUGAGCUACCCCCUCAGGUGCACAAGGUAUAG